ACUAUUGUAAAGUCAAGACGAUGCAUUUCAGACCGACUAUCACAUUAACCCUUUUGACUUUAAUUUUUUUGGACAUUGCCGCCUAUUUGUGCAAGCCCAGAUCAUGCAAAGACAUUAUUCUAAGCAAACCCAACGUAAAAAGUGGAGAAUACAGAAUAUACACAGAUGACGGAAUAAGCUUUCCUGUUUUCUGUGAGUUUACUUCAGAUUCACAUGGCUACACGUACGUUAAAGACUUUUCAGGAAAUUCUUUCCAUCUAAAUAACAUUUUAUCAAACACGAAUGAAAUGAAAGUGGUUCACCUUCGGACCUCCGGCAAAAGAUACAGCACAAUAAUGGAAGAACUCAGCCGGUACAAAUCCAGGUAUUCAUUAAGUUUUCAAGUCAACAAAAAUACCGGCUUCAGUACACCGCUAAAUGCACCAUUUCUGGGGAAAUACAUUUAUGUAGGAUUCCUUCCGGUUGCCUUUGCUUCAAAUCGCAAUAUCCAAGGAUACAGAGCAGGAUCUAAAGAUUGGGAAUUCAAAAAUUGUGAUGCAAACCCAAACUCUUACAUCGCCUUUUUCUACAACAAUACUAAACUCCAAACGCACAGCUACCACAUGUCAUGUUGUUAUAACCAAUUCAUGCGCAGAUGGAUCGACGUCUCUACAAGAUAUCACCCAAGUAUUCCUUCCAGCUACUUCAGGUUUUUUGAGAUGCACAUGGGAGGGUGUGGAGGAUAUGUCGUUCCCGGAUUUAGUUCCUUUUCUGAUAUUGUAGGCGCCGUGCCUGGAUUUCGUUUUGAUUUAUCAUGUGAGGAUGUACAAUGUCAAAAUGGUGGAACUUGUUCGAUGAGGAGAGGAAGGCCUUCCUGUUCGUGUAGGCCAGGAUACAUGGGUUUUCAAUGUCAAAGCAAAGAACCAAAUUCCUGUAAAGAUCUUGCGUUUUCAAAGCGUAGAAUAACUGGAGAAUACACUAUUUACAACAGACAAAACCAAACCUAUAAGGUGUUCUGUGAAUUUCAUAAGACCUUUGGUUACACAUUUGUCUCGAACACAAAUGUAUCCGUCAACGUCGAUGAUUUGUUUGAAAUCAGAUCUCAUGUUUUGGUCCGACACUUACGACAAGGUCAACAAUACGACUCAAAACUGCAGCAGAUAUCUUCAUACAUGAACAAACCACUGGCAGUAAAAUAUAACUCAAAUGGUGGAUUCAACACUCCAGUCAAUGCCAAACAAAUGGGCCCAUAUCUCUAUCUUGGCUUCUUGGACGCAAAUACAGCAAAAUCCAAGUCGACACAAGGCUACAGAGUAAAUAACACCGACCAAACCUUUCGUAACUGUGAUGCCAAUCCUAACAGUUACAUGGCUUUCUAUUUCAACAAGGGAAAUAAGUCUCCUGUUGGAUACUAUAAGAAGUGUUGUUACACGCCAUUGAUGAAGAAAUGGAUUGACGUAGGGGUACGUAUGAAUCAGGCUAUUCAACUUCCACAGUCAUACUUUCUCCAGUUUGAGAUGCACAUGGGGGGUUGUGGAGGAUAUGUGGUGAGCGGAUACAAUACCCUUGCAAGCAUUGACGGUGCUUCUCUGGGAAUGCGUUUUGAAUUAUGAAGUUAUGGAACCAGAUGCAAGAAAGAAAACUGAAAAAAAGAAACCAAUUUGAAUAUAUGUACAUUGUAUACAUAUGAAUACAGUUUUAAUUUUUAAAAUAAAUAUCUCAAAUUA